UUUGAAAAAAUUUAAACAAAGUCAUGGUGAAAAUUAUUAAUUCAAAAACAUUUAUUUGAUCUGUUAUUUUUUUUUGCGGAUUCAAAAAAAUUAUACUUUUUAGAAUGUAUUUCAUCGAAAUGUAGCGCCCAUAAAAUGGUUUUUGAGUAUGAUUGGAGCCUUGCCAAUGAAACGUUCGGGACCUGGAAAAGCCAAAUUCGUUAUUGGAUCGAUUGCUUUUGCAUAUUCGAUUGUAUUUUUCACAUUUUUAAUGAUUUACGUUGCUUAUGUUGCAAACAAUCGUAUAAUAAUUGUUACAUCACUAAGUGGACCAUUUGAAGAGGCUGUAAUUGCAUAUUUGUUCCUGGUAAACAUAUUGCCCAUAUUCUUAAUACCAAUAAUGUGGUGGGAGACCCGUAAAAUAUGUGCUCUCGUUAAUGACUGGGAUGAUUUCGAGAUUCUUUAUUAUCAAAUAUCGGGUCAUAGUGUCCCCUUGAAUUUAAGGCGCAGAUCACGGACUAUAUCAAUUGCUUUACCAAUACUCUCUAUACUCUCUGUAGUAAUUACACAUGUAACAAUGGCGGAUUUUGAUUUGAUACAGGUUGUUCCCUACUGUAUUUUGGACAACUUAACAGCCAUGUUGGGAGCAUGGUGGUAUCUCAUUUGCGAAGCUCUAAGUACCACUGCUAAUAUUCUAGCAGAACGUUUCCAAAAGGCCUUGCGUCAUAUUGGUCCCGCAGCUAUGGUGGCCGACUAUCGAGCUCUCUGGUUAAGAUUGAGCAAGUUAACGCGAGAUACUGGCACAGCAACAUGUUAUACAUUUACCUUUUUAAAUCUGUAUCUAUUUUUCAUAAUAACCCUUUCGAUUUAUGGUCUAAUGUCACAACUUUCCGAGGGAUUCGGUAUCAAGGAUAUUGGUCUGGCCAUUACGGCUUUGUGGAAUGUCUGCCUUUUGUUUUUUAUCUGCGAUCAAGCUCACUACGCAUCUUUCAAUGUUCGCACUAAUUUUCAAAAGAAGUUACUCAUGGUUGAAUUGAACUGGAUGAACUCAGAUGCUCAGACUGAAAUCAAUAUGUUUUUACGUGCCACCGAAAUUAAUCCCUCAAACAUUAAUUGUGGUGGAUUUUUUGAUGUCAAUCGCAAUCUAUUCAAAGGGCUAUUGACCACAAUGGUUACAUAUUUGGUAGUAUUGUUGCAAUUUCAAAUUAGUAUUCCAACUGAUAUACGAACUGUUAAUCGGAAUGUAACAGUAAUCGAUGACAUUUCAAUGUCUGAUUCGAGUAUGAAUAGUGACGAAAUGGAUGUUGAUGUCAUGACAACAAUAAUGACAACUCUAGCAACAACAACGACAACAGCAGCAGUGCCACCUGUUCGAGGUCGGAAGGGAUGAAUUAUGGGUAUCUGCUAUCUGUAAUCGCAUUUUAAAAUUUACAUUUACUUGUUUUCUCCUAAUAUAGUUUUUCGCUAUUAGUGGGAUCAAAUAUUUUCUGAGUUUUCUA